AUGGCUGUGGUUAGCAAGAUGUCUCGGCCUAGCCGGUUGCCUCUAAUGGCAGGAGCAUCUGCCGCUGCCCUCAUGGCCGUCCCUGGCUUUGUGACCCCGGGUGAUGUCCCACGGCAGAUGGAGGUGUCUCAUGGUGGUGCUGCUGCCUCUGCACCCGCUGCUGCGCAUCGCAGCAGCGUGCCCGGCUUGGCCGCUGCCAGCAUUGCGAUGGGGGCCACAGCAGCCUCUGCCUCCCGCCGGAAGGCCCGCAGCCAGAAGUCUGCGGUCAAGGUCAAGAGCUCCGCGCAGGAGAGCCUGGUCUUCCUGACUUGGUGGCAAAGGUACAGGAUUUGUUGCAGGCCCCGGAUCAAGGUCGCCUUCGAGAUGUGA